AUGGAGGAUCUUGCCCAAUCUUGGACACGCCUUUCUCUAUCUGAGAGAGAAGGGCCAGGUUGCUGCCUCAUGCCAGAAGAUGGUGUAAAAACCUUCUCCAUUGCAGCAAAGUUUCUGACUAAAAGAGCCCUUAAUGCUGAAGCGAUUGCUAGAACUUUUAAUCCUUUGUGGCGAGCAAGAAGGGGUUUCAAAAUCCAGAAUAUUGGUGAUCAUAAGAUUUUAUUUUCUUUCGAAGACAAAGAUGAUGUAGAUAGGAUCAUUGGCAGCGAGCCGUGGAGUUUUGAUAAGCACUUGGUUGCUAUGCAGCGCUAUGACAAUGAUAGACCACUUGAGGACAUCAAGUAUGAUAGGACUACAUUUUGGGUACAAGUCCAUGGACUCCCGUUGAGGUAUAUGACCAUUGAGGCGGCGGAAAAAAUAUGUGGAGGGGUGGGAGAGGUGAUCAAGCAGUCGGAUUCGAAGGUUUAUGAUGGAGGUCACUUUAUUCGAGUCAAAGUUUCAGUUGAUAUCACAAUGCCGUUAUGCAGAGGGCGACUUAUCUCGUUGAAAGAUGAUAAACAAGUGUGGGUCUCAUUCAAGUACGAGCGAUUGCCAAACAUCUGUUAUUGGUGUGGUAGACUUACGCAUGAUGACAGGGACUACGACAUUUGGAUCGAAAGUGAGGGGACUUUAAAGAAUGACCAAAAGGAGUUUGGUCCCAGCUUACGUGCUCCUCCAUUCAUGGCAUCCAAAAAAAAAUACCAUUGUGGUGCCGGGUUAUUAUUCUACGAGGAAGAUGAGUACGAAGGCUGGACAAACAUCUCAGCCGAUGGAUGA